UCAGAAUUGCGAGAAACUAAAUGUUGGCUGUCCGGCAUUAUUACAGACAGAGAAACUGUCCGUCAGUUGAUGCGACUGUUAGAUGGACAAGGAGUUGAUCUGCGUGCUCGCGGUCGUCUACGGCGACGCAUGUAUAACAGUCGCGGGCCAAACUAUGUUUGGCAUAUUGACGGAUAUGAUAAGUUAAAACCUUACGGAAUAUGCAUAAACGGAUGCAUUGAUGGUUUCUCCAGAAAAAUGAUCUGGCUUGAAGCAUACAAAACGAACAACGACCCACGAGUAAUUGCAGGUUAUUUCCUACAAGCUGUUGCUGAGAAUAACGGAUUUCCACAAAGAAUUCGCAUUGACCAUGGAACUGAAAAUACGCAUUUAGCAGAUAUGCAGACAUUCUUCAGAGACAAUGCGAGUGCAGAAUGUGUCACUCUUGGUCCAAGCACUAGGAACCAGAGAAUUGAACGAUGGUGGUCCACUUUGAGAAGCCAGUGCAUACAAUUUUGGAUGGAUCAUUUUGAACAGCUAAAAGAAGAUGGACACUUUGUUGAUACUUUCAUUGACAAAUCUCUCAUCCAGUUUUGCUUCCAACAUUUUAUACAGGAAGAGCUUGAUGAAAUAGUCAGUGCCUGGAAUUGCCACAGGAUACGGCCAACUCACAACCCACGUGCUCCCAGUGGUCGACCUUCAAUAAUGUUUGCUGUUCCCAGCUUAUAUGGAGUGCAGAAUUUCUUGCAUCCAAUUGAACAAUCAAAACUGAGCAUUUGCCAAGAGGAGUGUUUAUUUAAAGACUACCCUUGUGAUGAGGAUGUCUUUCAACUGUGUGUAGAACUCAUGGCUGAGCAUAACCUUGUCAUGUCAGAUGAUGUUUAUGAAAUUACAGACCUUUACCUCCAACUUCGUGAACUGAUCCUUCAAGGACUGGAUUUGGAGGACUAGAUUCACCAUUCUAAUCUAAUCUACAACAUUCACUAUAAGCUAAAGACCUUUACCACCAACUUCGUGAACUGAUCCUUCAAGGACUGGACUUGGAGGACUAGAUUCACCAUUCUAAUCAAAUCUACAACAUUCACUAUAAGCUAUUUAAAGGUAUUGUUUU